UCAUGUUUUGGGUGCCGUAUUUCUAAAUCUGAAAAUAUAAUCUCUUAAUUUUUAAAAUUUCAUAAAUUAUCUCCACUACUUUAAAAAUAGCAAGCUACCAAAACAAACAUGUUUUUUUUAUAUGCUCUUCACCAGUAUGCAUCAAUUAUUUUCUAACCUGUUAAUGAGACAGAGAACUAACAACAUGCCAAAUGGUAGCAUAAAUUAAUAGAUGACUAGCUGGGGACAUUGCAUAAACAUCGCCACCGAGAAGUAACCAAUAUAACAGUAGCUGAAGAUCAUGACUUCCCUUAUAUUAAAUGUCCUGUUGUAGGCAGACAACUUCAUAGACUAUUAUGUUGUAAAAGAUGCCAUUUGGUAAGAUCAAUGUGAUUCCAAAGUAAAAUAUUCAGGGAUGAGUUGGAAGAUCCAAAUCAAGAUAAUGUAAUUGCAUACAGAUUAGGUGACAUUUGAGGAACAAAAAUAUGCUUCUUGUCUCCUUUAAUCGGUUGCUUUCUUUGCUAUAUAUAUGAAGCGAGAAAGCCAACAGAAACUCAAGUUUUCAAAUAAACUCUUCUAUACCUUCUAACCUUCUGUUCUCUAAGAAGAAUAAAAUGGAAAUCAUUGAAACAAACACAAAGAGCUCUAUGCAUCUUCGCAGCAACAGCUUACCCUCCGCACCCCAUCCUCUUGUAUCACAAUUUGAGGACAACUUGCAAAGGUUGAAGAGUUCUGAAAGCGCCUCUUCAGUGUCAUCAUCUUCAAUAUGCAACAAACUUAAUAGCAUGCAAGAUUUGCAUGACUGCAUCGAUAACUUACUUCAAUUUCCAAUUGAACAACAAGCCUUAGCACAAGAGUGCAAUGAAAAAUCUGUCGAUGACCUACUGGAAGGAUCUCUUAGAAUAUUGGAUAUAUGUAGUACAGCUAAAGAUUUCCUUUCGCUAUCAAGGGAAAACAUGCAUGAACUUCAGUCUGUCAUCAGAAGGAGAGGAAUCAAAACUGGAUUGACACUCGAGGGUGUAAAAUAUUUGGCUCUUAGGAAGAACAUGAAGAAGCAAAUUCGAAAGGCGUUGGUGAAUUUGAAAUCAUUGAAGAAUGAGUUGAUUGCUUCUUCCUCACCUAUGCUUGGAUUCUUGAAUGAAGCAGAAGCAGUCACCCUAUGCUCAUUAGAACAUUUGUUACUAUUUAUCUCCGAUCCAAAAGGCCAUUCAAAGCACAGCAGAUGGUCUGCAAUAUCCAAGUUGAUGCAUUCAAAAAGAGCAGUUUGUGAUUCUCAUGAAUCGGAGACAAAUGAAUUUGAGAAGGUGGAUGCAGCUUUGAAGUCUUCAUCUACUGAAAAAUUUCAAAGUGAUCUGGAAAAUUUGGAGAUGUGCAUUCAAGAUCUAGAAAUAGGAGUUGAACAAAUCUCAAGAAAAUUAAUUAGAAAUAGAGUUUCACUUCUUAACAUCUUCAACCACUAAUCAUAGUGUCUAUAUGAUUCUUGCCACUCAAUUUUGCACCAUUAGUGUUACAUAAUUGUACAUGGAUGUGAUUAUAUCUUCUUUUUUUAUACUGAAUACAACUAUCUAGGGAUCAAACCCUUGUUACUUAACACCUAUGAUCUAUAUUUCUUGCUCAUUUCCCUUUUGAAAGUCUUUUCUAUCAACUUCCGGUUUUCUUCGAAAUAUUCU